GUAAGAGUACUUUUCUUUGUGAAAAUAUCUUCUCAAUCAUACUUGGAAGUUUCUCAUACGCGUCCGUAUAUAACGAUACAGAAUUAAUGAAUUAUAGAGACUUGUUUAUCUAUCCCAGCAAAAUCUGAGCCUCAACGCUAGGAUGAGCUGGGCUCUCGCUGUCACCUCCACUCACACAGAGACCGGCGUUGCAGCUACGGCUACCUAUUUCUCUUUUCUGCUGUGAUUUAGGUUCGGAUUUGAUUCGUCCAUUUUGUGUCCGGAGGCGUUACUUGUCGAGCCAUUUUAUUUUAUUUCUGGAAUUUCUGGAAUGUCGAGAUUGAGGAAUCUGGGAGCUGGAUUGGCUCUGAUGACGAUAAUUGGGAGCCUAACUUGCGUUGAAAGCAGCGCGACGUCGUUUUCCUCAAUGUGCCCCUUGCGGAAUUCGCUUAAAAACUCGAUCUUGGGGUUCCACGAUUUCACAUGCCCGGUAGAUGAGAUCAUGUUUUCUUAUGCCGCAGCUGUAGUUGAGGGAAAUGAGAUGAUAUUGCAGAGGGCAUUGCGUACGAUUAACCAGAGAUCACAUAAUUAUGCUGUUUUCCUCUUCUAUGCGUCAUGGUGUCCGUUCUCUGAAACACUUAGACCAAUCUUUUCUGAUUUAUCUUCUCUGUUCCCCUCAAUUCCCCACUAUGCAAUUGAAGAGUCAGCUGUCAAGCCAAGUACUCUCUCAAAAUAUGGAGUGCACGGGCUUCCUACAAUCUUAAUUCUGAAUUCUACAAUCCGUGCUCAAUAUCAUGGCCACAGGACCCUUGACUCUUUAAUUAACUUCUAUGGUGGUGUGACUGGUUACAAGACACCACCAGUAGAUGUCAUAUCCCUAAACAAGGUUGGAUGUUCUCGAAACCAGCACAUUUAUAAUAGCGGGAGUGAACCAGAAAGUUGCCCAUUCCCCUGGGCAAGGUCUCCUGAGAACUUUCUUCAGCAGGAAACGUACUUGAUGUUGGCAACUGUGUUUGUUCUCCUAAGAUUGCUGUAUGCCCUUUUCCCGUAUAUCCGUAGGUUUGCUCAUUUUUCUUACACGAGAUACAACAUGAGGAUAAGCUCCUUGUGGGAGCAUCCUCUGCUCUACCUGCACCGAGUAUUCCAAGUAUUUAGUUCAUUGAAGGAACCAUGCAAACGGAGCAAUUUGCAGGAAGGAGCUAUGAAUGCUAAGGUAUGGGCCUCAAAGUCUCUAGCUUCUGUUUCAUUUGGCGAGGCCAGCUCAAGUCGGGUUGGACCAGUGAAUUUAACUCACUGAUUAAUUUGGUGGUUCUAUUUCUUUUAGAAACACCCUGAUAUUUCCCAUUGGGAUUGGUUUCAUUGUUGACAGGAGCAACCAUUUUUUUCUCCGUUUUAUUAUUUCGUUGUCCAAACAACAUACACGACUCAAUCAGUGUACUAUUGUAGAUUAGUUUUCCUUUAUGUGCCAUUAUUGAAAGAUAAUGUUAACCUAGUGUUAAACUGUUUGUAUAGAACAUUUAGCUAAUGAGCUAAAUUUUGUACUUUUAGACAUUUGUUGAACUGUGGUGCAACGGUGUAACUCGUUUUUCGUGUUUUUUAUCUUCUUAUUACAUAAAGUUUUAUGAUAGUCACGACUCACGAAUGUGUUGCUAUUGCUAUCUUAACAUAAGAGCCUUUCGC